UGCCCCGGAAGGGUUGGGAAGGGGGAAGGGCGAAGGGAGUGUAGUUGUGAGCUGUCAACCUUAUCACUUGCAUCCCCAGCCCCCAUCCUCCCCCAAACCUGCAGCCUCCAGCCCCUUUUUCUCUGAGCCCCUUGUAACCAGGUCUGUUCAAAGAAUCAUAGAGAGCGAGUGUCCGGGAAGGGACCUUGGAGAUCAUGUAGCCCAACCCUCACAUUUUACACAUGGGGAAACUGAGACCCAGAAAAAAAAAAAAAAGGUGCUAAUCCAGCGUCACACAUCACAAGUAGCAAAGGCAACAUUGAACCCAGGGUUUCUGAUUCCAGAUCCAAGGCUCUUUAUUAUGCUGUUGUCCAAAGAACAGCAUGAUGUAAUAGUAAGAGCCCAUUUGGAAGUUGGAAGACGAGUUCAAAUCCAUCUCUGCAACUCACUACUUGCUGGACAAUGGAGAAGUCAUUUCCUUCCUUCUGCCCUCUACUGUUAAAUGAGGGGAAUGAACUAGAUAAUCUCCAAGGCCCCUCCCAGUUCUGAAUUUUAUGAUUCUAGUGCUUUGAAGAUACAGAAUUAGAGUUUGCAGAAGGUGUAAAUGGAAGUCCCCUGUUGACCGAGGGCUAGACACAGGCUUCUUCAGUUGACUUAGAAGCAUGAUUCCCUCUGUUUCAACCCCAUGAUUAAUUGAACUUUUGAUUCCAGCUGUUGGAAGUUCAAAGGGACAUCUUGUGGCAGAACUCUUCCUCUAGCUUAGAAUCUGAAUAGCUAUAACUUCCACCUAAAAUGGCAUUGGAGGCUCUAUCAUCCAUUAAUUUGUCUGAAUUUAUCCUCAGCCACUUCCUAUUUCUCACCUGGACUACUUCCUGAGGUACAUGUGUAGAACAUGAAGUUAAUGAAUGUCAGAGCUGGAAGAGACUUCAAAGAUCAUCUAGUUUAGCCCCCAAGACACUACAUGGUGUUAUCGAAAGAUCACUGGGCAUAAGAUCUGGGAGACCUGGGUUUAAAUCUCAGCUUUAACACUAGCUUUGUGCCAGUGGGUGGGACACAUUCAGUUUGCCUAGAAGUCGACAUUUUCCAAGAUGGGUGAAAGAAAAGGUGUAAACAAGUACUACCCUCCAGACUUUGAUCCAGCAAAGCAUGGCUCUCUCAAUCGAUACCACCACAGCCACCCCCUUCGGGAGAGGGCACGGAAACUUUCACAAGGCAUUCUUGUCAUCAGAUUUGAGAUGCCCUAUAACAUCUGGUGUGAUGGCUGUAAGAACCACAUUGGCAUGGGUGUUCGUUACAAUGCUGAAAAGAAGAAAGUUGGCAAUUAUUACACAACUCCAAUCUACAGGUUCAGAAUGAAAUGUCACCUCUGUGUCAACUACAUUGAGAUGCAGACGGAUCCUGCCAAUUGUGAUUAUGUGAUUGUGAGCGGUGCUCAGAGGAAGGAGGAGCGAUGGGACAUGGAGGACAACGAACAGAUCCUGACCACAGAGCAGGAGAAGAAGCAGAAGCUGGAGACGGACGCCAUGUUCCGCCUGGAGCAUGGCACCGCAGACCAGAGCAAGCUGCAGAAGGCCAUCCCCACCCUGUCCAACAUCCAGGAAGCCCAGAGCGCCUGGAAGGAUGACUUUGCCCUUAACAGCAUGCUAAGGAGGAAGUUUAGGGAAAAGAAAAAGGCCAUAAAGGAAGAAGAGGAAAAGACACUGGCCCUACAGACCAAAGCGAACCUCAGUAUCCCCCUGGUGCCUGAAACAGAAGAGGACCGGAAGCUUGCUGCUCUGCUCAAGUACCACAGCCUGGACUCAUAUGAAGACAAACAGAAAUUGAAACGGACAGAAAUCUUUGGCCGCUCCUGGUUCCCUUCUACCCCUGUACCCGGGGCCAGCAACAGCAAGGUGAAGAGCGUCCUCAAGAAGCUGGCAAUUAGCCGGAAACCCAUGCCCAGCGGGUCCUCCAUCACUAGCAGCGAUCUAGGAAUUGUUCGUCGAAAGUCCGGGGAUGGCCUGGAGAGCCCUCAAGAGUCAGGCGAACCUCCAGAGCUAAGUGGAAUGAAGGAGGAGGAAGAAAACCUCCCCGGAGGAUCUUCAUCAGAUAGAGACUUUUCUCCAGAUGUGGAGGCACAGGGGGGCCCUGGCAGCACCUCCAUUCUCAAUUCUUCAUUGGUUGCAGACUAUUCCGACUCGGAGAGUGACUAAUGUCAUUCCCUCCAUCCUAGGUUGCUUUCACACCUUUGCCUCUCUCCUCUGCCAGCUAAAGUGUGUGCUUAUUCCCAGGGAGGCUUCCACUUAACAAAGAGGCCUUCCAAGGACCAAGAAACUCUCCCCCCCGCCCCCCCCCCAAGACUUGAUUGGGUUUUUAUUUAUUUGGCUGAGGAAGGAGUAUGUGGUGUCUGGCUUGAAUCUCUGAUGUGAUUUAUUAAACCUCCACCUAUUAAAUCCAGUCUGUGCAUCAGAUUAUUGGAUGUCCACAGCAGUCCCUUCUGUGGAUAUUGGAGUGGAGAGGGAAGCGUUAAACUACAGAGCCUAGGGACCCCACCCAUAGCUCCCUGAGUAAGACU